AUGGCUGAGGCACGAGACUCUCAACUACCAUACAAUGGAUCAACUGAACUGCCCUCUUUUAAUGAAGAUGAAGACUUGGAGGAGGAGCACGACUCACCUCCUACCAAAAGACGACGCACCGGUUCGGUGUCAGCCGUUGAAGCUAGCAUUGAACUUUCACUUCCCCUCUCCACCUCCAACGUCGUUCAUUCACUCCCUGCGACCGUCCAACACAGUCCAGUUCAUAAAGUUGAAGGGGAUUUAGACACUGCUUUCAGUGACAGUGUUCUUGAUUCCAUGGCGCCCAUCAAAACCCCGCGCAUCGGCACUGAAAAUAUCGCAACUCCUAACUCAACGUUCGAAAGUCCAAACAGCCCCGAUGUGAGAUCCAUGAUUUCCAACAUCAUGGACUUUACUGAAAGAAGUGAAGAGACAGUCGCAAUGGGUCCUCAGACAAUACCCGCUGAGGGUGAUUUCCCCGGUUCUACGGGACAUCUUUUCCUCAAAGCCAGUACUCAUCUGAAGAUUCAAAGUCUCCCAAUUCUUGACAACCUGGCAACCCAAAUUCUCUCAUUUCUCUCGAAGAACAGCUACUCGGAUCUCACAACCAUGAUCACUGAGCCAGGAAAUGAGAAUGGACAGGCUUAUGCCGUAAUGCGCUCACUCUUUGACCAUACUAAGCGCGUUUACAUAAUCGAUGGCUCUUUUCUUAAGCCUAAACACUUGGAGUUUACCGACCAGUCGCAACUUGAUAUCUUCCGCAAGGCUAAUCUGGCUUCGUUUGUAUCAAGCCUUUUUGGGUCUCAGGAAAUUGGAUUUUCUGAAUUGAACGAGUACUUUCUGGAUGUUUUUGUUCCUGAAGGUGGCCGUUUAUUAAAGGGUCAAGCUGCGCUGUACCUAGAGCUGAAGACCCAAGUCUUUAUUUCCGGCAUGAACUCAAAGUCUUGCACCCGCACCCAGCUGCUGUACAAGCUCUUCCCAGAGGACAUGGAGGAGCUACUGCUGGCACGACGACCAGGCUCCCGCCAGCUGGCACCAAGUGAAACAGAUUUUGUUCAGCGCCUUACUUCGCGCCGGGAGCACCUCCUCCAUGAAGUAGACAACCCAGAGGCAAUGAAAUCUUUACCAGACAAGUACCACUGGGAGGACUUCCUUCGAGACCUUGCCCAAUACAUUUCGAAGAACUUUGACACUAUCAACACUCAGCCUGGAAAGAAAACUGUCAAGGGUCGGCAACAGUCAAUUUCUGAAGAAUCCGCUACACAGGAGUCCCCAACUACCACUCACCAAGGCCAAUUCUCCGUCAACAUGCCAGUAGAGGUCCCGGUGGAUCGGAAUAUGCAUGGUGAUCUUGUGGCUCGUGCGGCUCGUGCUGCUCAUAUCGCUUUGCAGGGUGUCAGCUUGCGUCGCUCCCAAGAGCAAUCCCAGAUGCAGCAUCAACACCAGCAGCGGUCAGUUUCCCAGGCCAGCACACCUCAUCCUCAGCAGAAUCAGCAGCCCGCGCAGCAGCAAGUUCAACAGCCACAAGCGGACUCUGCCUAUGUAGGCGGCUUCGCCUCCGUGGUCCAACCACAAUAUCCCAAUUCCGCUCUCGGCAAUGGAAACCAAGAGUAUCAUCACUACACCCCUCCCAAUCCCGGACAGACCAUCCAUGGUCGGAAUAAUGUUCCUGCAAACCCGUUAUACAUGCCGGGCAUUCCUCAUAUCUCUCAAUCACAGCCCACCCAGGUCCUCUACGAGCAAGCCCGUCAAGCCGCGUCUAUUAAAUCCUCGUCUCCAGCAAGUCGCAAGUCUGGCUUGCCGAGCCAACGUCGCCCUUGGACUACAGAGGAAGAAAAUGCUCUCAUGGCUGGUCUGGACCGGGUGAAGGGCCCUCACUGGAGUCAGAUCUUAAUUAUGUUUGGGCCCGGUGGAAGUAUUAGUGAAGCCCUUAAGGACCGCAACCAGGUGCAACUCAAAGAUAAGGCCAGAAACCUGAAACUUUUCUUCUUGAAGAGCGGGAUUGAGGUCCCAUAUUACCUCCAGUUUGUCACUGGUGAAUUGAAGACUCGUGCUCCAGCUCAGGCUGCCAAGCGUGAGGCACGUGAGCGUCAGAAGAAGCAGGGAGAGGAGGACAAGGCCCAUGUUGAGGGUAUCAAGGGCAUGAUGGCCCUUGCCGGAGCACAUGCUCCGCCUGUUGGCAGUCACGAGAUGUCUGCAUCACCCGGUCUUCCUCCAGAUCCUAAUAGUCAAGCUGCUUUGGAUCAAACUGCUGACCAAAAGCUGAUGCAAACCCUCAGUCAGGAGGUUCAUGGAAACCACUACUCCCAGCAUAAUCCUGCGCCCACCCAAGAUCAUCUCGAUCAGCACAUGCAAAUGCAGCAGUAG